GAAGGGAGAAAGAAAAAGAGAGAGAGAUGGAGAGUAGAGAGGAAACAAGUGUGUGAGAGAUGGCUAGAAAGUGUUAUUGAACAAGCGAGAGAAGUCCUAGCGUGUUUAAAAUCAAGCAUUUGACCAUACAGUUGUGUGUCAUCAACAGGUCAGUGGACUUACCGAGGGGAUUAUGUCCAAACCUUCGUCCAACGUUAAGGCCCUUCAGGCUAAUUUGAACAUCCCGAUGGGAGCUCUGCGUCCAGGGGCGGGACAUCCUGUCAAGAGGAGAGAGGAGACAGUAGACACAGAAGAGGCUCAUUCACCAGACCAGCCCAGCGCUGCUGCCCAGACGCCAGAGGAGAAGAAGGCGUUGCCGGGCGCGGUGAAACUGCCCGGUCCUGCCGUUAACCUAUCAGAGCUGCAGAACGUCAAGAGUGAACUACGAUGGGUCACCAAGGAUUAACAUGAUCCCCAGCCAGGCGGAGAGGAAGGCGAAUAAUCUUCAUAGACACAGACUUGUCCACUGCCACCGAAGACUAAGCAAACCACAAACUAAUCCUAACAUGUUUGGAAACAAUAAUAGCUGUCUGUGAAGCCAACGUCUGCAGAAAAUGUUCAGCACUUAACCAAAACCACCAAGAAGCAGGCAUCCAUAAACUCUCUCUCUUUCUAUCAGUACACUAAUAAGUUAAAGCGCCACAAAAAAAUCAGUGGAGAUUGUUUUAUCAGUAAAUCUAAAUUAUGAUUAGUACAAAAAGUGAAGUACUGUUGAGAUAUUCCGGCCUGUUUCUGCUGCAGAUAAGACUCCACUUUACUUGGAGUUUUAGAAGUAAGUGAGUUGUGUUGCAAUAACUGCAUAUUCUUUGCUUUUUUUUGUUUGUUUUUUUGAGAAUUAUUAAGUCUGAAGCAGCUGGCAUAGAAGGACAUUUGUUGACAAUUGACAUACGUUUCACAACAAAACUGUGAUGACCCUUCUGAUUCUGUGAAGACGCGUCUUUUCCAUACUGUCCAAACUCCAUCUGUUCAGCACUGAUUUCUACUAAUACUUUCUAUUAAAUUAUUAAAUCCUAAAUGCCACCGCAACAAUUUGCAAUGUUGCGAUGGCAUCUAAGUUCAACUGUUUGACUUUUUUUGGGAGGGGGAUUAUAAUGUUUUAAGUGUUUUAAUGUUAGGAUUCCCAGAAACUGGUAGCUUCAGGAAAAUGUUGCAAUAAAUCAAGAUGGUUCUAAAAAAAUCA